GCCGGAAAAGGCGAAAUGUCAAUUAUGCCCCUGGUGGAGAUUUCCUUUUUGUUCAUUUCCUCGUUGAGCUUGGAACGCAUUAAACGAAACUUUACUCUUUCCUCUGUUUCCUGUGUUUCCAAAAUCAAGAGCUUUCAACACCCUCCUUCACUCCAAACCCACCAGAAAGAAACCAUGUCAAUUGUCCCGAUCAAUGACCAACAAGGCACACCCACUGAUCCUUUCUCUCUUGAAUUAUGGGAUCCAUUCAACAACUUGGAUGUUUUGAACCCAUUCUCCCAUUCUUUCCCUUUCCCUUUCCCUUUCCCUUCAUUUCUUUCCACCCAUUUCCCUGGUUUCUCCUCCGAAAUUUUCCCCUCCUUGGGGACCCAACUCAACUGUGUAGAAACCCCAAGGGCCCAUGUCUACAAAGCCUACCUUCCAGGGGUCACCAGAGAUGAAGUUCUGGUUUUCAUCGAUGAUGACAGGAUGCUUCAGAUAAGCACUGAAAAUGGUAAUUUCAUGAGCAGGUUCAAGUUGCCCGACAAUGCAAGGACUGAUGAGAUUGAAGGUUUUAUGGAGAAUGGGAUGCUCAUCGUCACUAUUGGGAAGCAAACUCAAGCUCCGGAGAGGCCAAAUGUUAGGGUCGUUGAAAUCACAGAGUAAUUUCACUUUCUUUUUUUUAUGCAAAAUUUCAAGUGAUGCUCUACUCUAUGGUGUUUGUUGUGUUUUGAAGCUUGAAAAAAUGUGUUUAAUGUCAAAGAGUAAGUCGGUUCUUGUACUAGAACAGUAUUUUUAGUAGUAAUAAAAGCACUUUUGUGUUGUGUA